AUGUUCCUGGAGCGUGCUUGUGAAUGCUGGGAGCGGCGGCUGCGGGCGCUGGGCGCCGAGUUCCGGCGGGCGGCGCGCGGCGGGCUGCUCACCUUCCACGGCCCGGGCCAGCUGCUGGCCUACCCGGUGCUGGACCUGCGGCGCCUCGGCCUCUCGCUGCGCGCCUACGUGGGGGCGCUGGAGGCCGCGGCGCUGGGCCUCUGCCGCCGCCUGGGCCUGCCCGCCGCGCGCGCCCGGCCGCCGCCCUACACCGGCGUGUGGCUGCGGGGCCGCAAGCUCUGCGCCGUGGGUGUCCAUUGUGGAAGGCAUAUAACCUCUCAUGGGCUGGCGCUGAACUGCUGCACAGAUCUUACGUGGUUUGAUCACAUUGUUCCUUGUGGACUCGAAGGGACGGGUGUCACCUCCCUGAGCGAAGAACUCCAGAGACAUGUCACAGUUGAUGAAAUCACUGAGCCUUUUCUGGACGCUUUUGAAGAAGUGUUUCAGUGCACCCUAACUUCCCAUGAGGAAUCUAUCGGAUAAAGGGCUCCAGGUGCCUCACUUACCUGUGGAAAUGUGAAUAUUUCUUUGGUGCUUUCAUGGUGUUACUAGAAAUCCAGCUUGCUUGUUCCAUCUUCCUAUCAGCAAUUAAAUACGUGUAACAAACUGUA